ACUGGGAACCGUGCGCUCGCCGCUACGGUGCGGUCGGGCCCGCGCCCUCGGCAUGCCUGGCGCCCGGGAGCGGUCGCGCAGCCCAGUGGCGGGCGGCGGAGCGGCGGGGGCGCAGCCGGCGAGCGCGCUGGAGCGGGCCGCGCGUGAGCCUGCCGAUGCAGCGUCGCGGAGGGCUGCGAAACCGGUGGUGUGUUACGAGGUGGGCAUGCUUCCGAAGGUGGACGAGGCGAUGUACGCUGCCGCCCGCGCAGGCAUGCAGCAGCUGAAAGAGCUGGUGGUGCCUGCCAGGCAGGCGCGAUGUUUCGAAGUGCCGGCUGGGCACUUCUUCCGCAUCGUGAGCACAGAGGGCCCGCAGGUGGGGGACCUCAACCUCUGGAACAGGGAUGACAUGAAGGAACGAUUCUACACCUCUAAGACGCGCCAGCUGCACGCAACCCACUUGACCACUGGGGACCGCCUUUGGAGUACUUUCCCAUGGAUGCGUCCCAUGGCAACGAUCACGCAUGACACUUUGGGUUGGUACGGCUGGGACGAAGAUGGAGGUGGCAUUCAUGAUGUUAUUGGAAGCCGAUGUGACCCAUACACGAACCACGUGCUGCUAGGGAAGAACUACAAUUUUUGUUGUCACUCAAACUUGACUCGAACACUGGUCGAAAGGGGUGUUCCUGAUGCGGAGUCCCAUGUGCACGACGUGCUGAACGUCUUCAUGUGCACCGGAUUUACGAAAGACACGAAGCAGUAUUUCAUGAAAGCGAGCCCUGUCCGGCCUGGGGACUUCCUGGAGCUGUUCGCAGAGAUCCCCCUGCUCUGCAGCUUGUCAGCUUGCCCCGGGGGCGACUGCUCGGAGAAGCACUCGGCCGACGACGCGCCAGGGUACCCCCUAACGGUUCAAAUAUUCCAGCCAGCAGCUGGGACGCUUCAGGGGUGGGAGAGUCCCAAGCCGAGUGGCUACAGUGGAAGGCACGGCCUGUAG